CAGAUCACACUGUGGGAGACUCAACAGGUCACUACAUAUACAUAGAGACAUCAGCACCACGCAGAUUGGGAAAUAUUGCUUGGUUGGUUAGUGAGGUAUUCCCACCAACAUCAGCAUCAGGACGCUGUCUUUCCUUCUGGUACAACAUGUACGGCCAGACCAUUGACACACUCACAGUCCUCGUCAGGGUACAAGGUGUUGCUGAUACGGCCAUUUGGAGUCUGACAAGUGCCCAGGGACAACAGUGGAAAUUGGGCAAUGCUCCAAUCAGCAUGUCCAGUAAAAGUUACCAGAUUGUUUUCCAAGGUCGCCGGGGAACAUCUGUCACUGGUGAUAUAGCAAUUGACGAUAUAUCCUUUACCGAAUCCAGCUGUGGAGUGAGACCAAAUGAGGCCCAUCCUAUCCAUGGACCUACAACCCUACCCACACCUAGUACGACACCUGGUGCCCAGGGAGCUUUCAACUGCAGCUUUGACAAUGCCUUCUGUGGUUGGACCCAGGACCACACUGACAACUUUGACUGGACAAGAAUGCAUGGACGGACUCCUAGCGCCCAAACGGGUCCCACCUCCGACCACACAAGCUCUCGGGGCUAUUAUGUAUACACAGAGGCGUCUAAUCCCAGGAGAAAUGGUGACAAAGCACGACUGAUAAGUCCAGACGUUGCUGUCACUGGCACACAAACUAAGUGUCUCACCUUCUGGUAUUUCAUGAUGGGACGUAAUGUAGCCCAACUCAAUGUCUACGCCAAGAGUGGUCUCGCAUUGCCCACUACCCCCAUCUGGAGGCGAAGUGGUAACCAAGGAAACCGCUGGGUGAAGGCCAAGGUUGACAUAACUGCCAAAUCUGUAUUCAAUGUGGUCUUUGAGUCUGUCCGUGGUGGUGCAUAUGGAGAUAUAGCUGUAGAUGAUGUAGCUAUUUCGGAUGGCAGUUGCACAAGCAGUGCUAUGAUGGUGUGUAAUUUUGAAAGUGCCACAAUUUGUGGGUUCCAACAAAGUCAUACAGAUCAGUUUGAUUGGACAAGGGGAAGUGGCUCCACAAACUCCGUGGGAACUGGACCAUCCAAUGACCACACCUAUGGAACAUCCAGAGGACAUUACAUGUUCACUGAGGCAUCUGGGCGUCAACGAGGAAACAAAGCUCGCUUAAUCAGCCCUAUCUACCAAGGCCCGAGCACUCCCAUGUGUCUCAAGUUCUGGUACCAUAUGUAUGGGAGCACUGGCCAGACCAUGAACAUCUAUAAACAGACACGGGGAGUCCUUGGAACUCCAAUAUGGACCAAGUCAGGUUCCCAUGGCAAUCAGUGGUUAGUAGCAUCUGUGAACAUCCCAGUUUCUGGCCAGUCCAGUUCACCAUACCAAAUUGUGUUUGAAGGUGUCAGAGGGACGAACUAUCGUAGCGACAUUGCCAUUGAUGACUUCUCCAUUACAAGUGGAGCCUGUCUAUCAGAAGGUGCCUGUAAUUUUGACAAUGGAUUCUGUACCUGGACCAAUGCUAAAACUGGUGACCAGUUUGACUGGACACUUGGGACAGCUUUUCCUGACCACACCAGUACUAAAGGACAAUAUGCCUACCUGGAGUCGUCUAACCCGAACCAUCCUGGAUAUGAUGCCAAACUUGUGAGUGAGAGUCUUAGUGCCCACACCCACAAGUGUAUGUACUUCUGGUACAAUGUCUAUGGCAGUAACAUCGGGACACUGCGUGUGUGGACCACCGCCACCACCACUAACCCCAAACCUUUAUGGGAGCUAUCUGGCAGUCAGCAAAACCAGUGGUACCAGGGCAUAGUCCCAUUACAGAAUCAGAACACCAGCUUUACAGUGAUCUUUGAAGCAGUAAGAGGUACCAGUAAUGUUGGACACAUAGCCAUUGAUGAUGUGACAUUUGAUGAUGCUCAGUCCUGUCAGCUAAUGUUACUAUUGACAGGUGGCAGUAACUUUUCCUGUGACUUUACCUAUGACACUUGUGGCUGGACCCAGGACCAAUCAGACCAGCUGGACUGGACAAGACAACGUGGUCACACAGCGUCACGUGGUACUGGACCAAAUUCUGAUCACACCAAUGGAAGAGGUUACUACAUCUACACUGAGGCAUCAGGUAAAGCUCAGGGGAGUAAAGCUCGCUUGGUCAGUCCUGUCACCCAGAUGGCGAGUGGACAGCAAAACUGUGUGACCUUUUGGUACACCAUGUAUGGAGCACAUGUUGGUGGCUUGAACAUUUACGUGACCACCAAUAUCCAGUCCCUUGGUCAGCCUGUGUGGCGGAGGACAGGCAAUCAGGGAAACUCAUGGCGCAGCAGUCAGUUCACGCUUACAGGGACAGGCUCUCUCAAGGUUGUGUUAGAGGCUUCCCGAGGUAACGGUUACCAAGGCGAUAUUGCUGUUGAUGACAUCAGCUUGGCUGCAGGACCAUGUUCUGGUAUGUGUAGCCAUAAAAUAUCUCAAGAUUGA